ACGCUCUUCCAAAGCUGCUCUGCGAGCGGCGGCCGUGCCCAUGCCGGCGUCGCCAUGGCCGACCCCUCGCUCCGUGCGGCAAGCGUCCCAGCUCCACGCCGUCCUCACCACAUCCGGCAAGAUCGUCCACCCGCCCUCCGCCGGGCACCUCCUCAACUCCCUCACCAACUGCCUCUCGGCGCCGCGCCACCUCGGCUACGCGCUCAGCCUGUUCGACCGAUUGCCGCUGCACUCCACGUUCAUCUUCGACACCGCCCUGCGCGCCUGCCUCCGCGCGUCGGGCGGCGAAGACCAUCCGGUCCUCCUCUUCCGCCGCAUGCGCCGCGGGGGCGUCCGCGUGGACGCCUUCACGUUCCACUUCCUCUUCAGGUGCUGCGCCCGCGCCCGCGCCCGCGCCAGCGCCGGGCUCUGCCGGAUGCUGCACGCCGCGUGCCUCCGGACCAUGCUCCCCUCCGCUGGGACGCUUGUCGCGAACCCUCUCAUCCACAUGUACGCUGCGCUCGGGUUCACGGACGAUGCGCGCCGGGCGUUCGACGAGAUACCUGUCAAGGACGCGGUUGCGUGGACGACGAUGAUCGGUGGGCUGGCCAAGAUGGGGCUACUCGAAGAAGCGCGGAGGCUCCUUGUGCAGGCACCGGAGAGGAACGUGGUCUCGUGGACUAGCUUGAUUGCCGGGUACUCUCGUGCAGGUCGGGCUGCUGAGGCCGUGGAUUGCUUCAACAGCAUGCUUUCAGAUGGUGUCGCCCCAGAUGAGGUUGCGGUGAUUGGUGUGCUCUCAGCAUGUUCGCGACUCAAGGAUUUGGACCUUGGACGUUCGCUGCACUUUCUGAUUGGGGAGAAGAGGAUCAAUAUGAGUGACAAUCUUGUUGUUGCGCUCAUCGACAUGUAUGCCAAGUGUGGUGACAUUGCCUGUGCACAGGGGAUCUUUGACGCAGUGGGAAGAGGCCAAAAGCCCCAGCCAUGGAAUGCUAUCAUUGACGGGUACUGCAAACUUGGCCUUGUUGAUGUUGCUAGGUCUCUGUUUGAUCAAAUGGACACCCCUGAUGUCAUCACAUUCAACUCGAUGAUCACUGGAUACAUCCACAGUGGCCGCCUUAGAGAUGCAUUACUGUUGUUCAUGCAGAUGAGGAGACAUAACCUGCGCGCUGAUAAUUUUACAGUGGUGAGCCUUCUCACUGCUUGUGCAAGCUUAGGUGCACUGCCUCAGGGCAGGGCUUUGCAUGCUUCAAUCGAGCAGAGGCUGGUGGAAGAAGAUGUUUACCUUGUAACUGCACUUGUGGACAUGUAUAUGAAAUGUGGGAGGGUGGAUGAGGCAACCAUUGUGUUCCAGCGGAUGGGUGAAAGAGAUGUUCACACUUGGAGUGCCAUGAUCGCAGGCCUUGCUUUCAAUGGGAUGGGUAAGGUUGCUCUGGAGUAUUUCUGCCAGAUGAAACGCGAUGGUUUUCAGUCCAACUCAGUCACCUACAUUGCUGUUCUUACUGCAUGCAGCCACUCAUGUCUGCUUAAUGAAGGUCGUCUGCAUUUCAACGAAAUGAGAUUGUUGCACAGGAUACACCCUCAGAUUGAGCACUAUGGCUGCAUGGUAGAUCUGCUUGCUCGAAGUGGGCUCUUGGAUGAAGCUAUGGAUCUUGUUCAGACGAUGCCAAUGCAACCAAAUGCUGUCAUAUGGGGCUCCAUCUUGAGUGCUUGCAGAGUCCACAAAAAAAUUGACCUAGCUCGACAUGCUGCAGAGCUUCUUCUGAAGUUAGAGCCUGACGAGGAUGCUGUCUAUGUUCAGCUGUAUAACAUAUACAUAGACUCUAGAAAAUGGGUAGAUGCAUCAAGGAUAAGGAUGUUGAUGGAAGAACGGGGAGUUAAGAAGACGGCAGGUUACAGUUCGAUUACUGUGGCUGGGCAGGUGCACAAGUUUGUUGUUAAUGACCAAUCACAUCCUUGGACAUUUGAGAUCGUCGCAAUGAUGGAGAAAAUUGCACACAGGCUAAAGUCUGUGGGUUAUUCUCCGAUCACGUCAAAGAUAACAGUGGAUGUUGAUGAGGAAGAGAAAGAACAAGCACUUUUAGCACACAGUGAGAAGUUGGCCAUUGCUUUUGGUCUCAUUAGCCUUCCACCCAACUUGCCUAUUCAUAUCAUGAAAAACCUAAGGGUCUGUGAGGACUGCCACUCUGCAAUCAAGUUAAUCUCGAAGCUUUGGAAACGGGAAAUUAUUGUUAGAGACCGGAGUAGGUUCCACCAUUUUCGAGAUGGAACAUGCUCUUGCAAUGAUUUUUGGUGAUUUCCAUUCUGCAAGAUGCUGUUCUUGUUCUAGAGCUCAGAAAGGCAAGAAUACACCAAUGCAUUAGCAUAAGUGCUUCAUGUCACAAUUUGACAUCCAGUUUUGAAUUUAUAAAUGCCUAAGGGAUGCGAAGUCGGCUGUCUCCGCUGAAUGUCAAACGUCAGCUGCCCCAUUGGAACUGUACUCGUCUUCACACGGAACCACACCCCAUUUGUGGCUGGUUCCAGUGGGUUUCUGUAGAAAGAUAGAACGGGAAAACACCACGUACCCAAUGGGGGGGGGUUGACCUUUCAUAUAUAUAGCCAAGAGGCUCUGUGUACAGGGAUACAAUCUCCUAAACUAGGAAGUUUAUCAAUCACCUAUACAAGGCAAUGUACAGCCGGCUAUACAUAUAUAUCUAACACCUGCCCGCAGUCGCAACGGGAGAGU